AUGCUGCUGGCCUCGAUAUUUCAAAGUCAUUUAAAGUUUUCAUCACUGUUAUGUCAUGUAGUAAACCCUGCUGAAGGAGUAAAUCCUCCUGAGGAAGAAAACCCUCCUGAGGGAGUAAAUCCUCCUGAGAGAGAAAACCCUCCUGAGGGAGAAAACCCUCCUGAGGGAGAAAACCCUCCUGAGGAAGAAAACCCUCCUGAGGGAGAAAACCCUCCUGAGGGAGUUAAUCCUCCUGAGGGAGAAAACCUUCCUGAGGGAGAAAGCCCUCCCGAGGGAGAAAACCCUCUUGAGGGAGAAAGCCCUCCUGAGGGAGAAAACCCUCCUGAGGGAGUAAAUCCUCCUGAGGGAGAAAACCCUCCUGAGGGAGUAAAUCCUCCUGAGGAAGAAAACCCUCCUGAGGGAGAAAAUCCUCCUGAGGGAGAAAACCCUACUGGAAGAGUCCCAUAGAAACAAACGAUGAAAACAAUUGGAGACCAAUAAAAGAAGAACAAGGAAGUUUGAAUGAAAAUCCAGUCCGACAUCGGACAAGCAACGAGUAUGCAAACAAUUACUAAAUACUUUCUCACACAAUUUUUGAUAUCAAGCCUAAGGCACACACACAUAUAAGUCAUUAAAUUAAAUAAUAUUUUGUUAGUACGACUACAA